CGCAGCAAGGGGAACGCUGUCAGACUGGAGUUACAAUUAAGACUUAAAGGGCUGGCAUUGAGGAAGAGUACCCUGCUGCCGGUGUAUCGAAUACUCCCGCCCGAACACACAGCCCGGAUCAGCCUGCUCAGACUCAUAGCUUCUCAGUGGGGCAAAUCACUUUGUAUAGUUUACUGGAGAGAGAGGAGGAAGCUGACUUAAUGGGUCCCGUCUGACACACUAUAGCACCAUCACCAGACACUACAGGAUUUGCCUCCCUGAGAAGAGCAGCAGAUCCAAUGUCCUUGUAAUGACGUGGCUCAGGUUUGACCUCGGAGAUGCCGAAGAGACGAGACAUUCUGGCCAUCGUGUUGAUCGUGUUGCCUUGGACGCUACUCAUCACUGUUUGGCAUCAGGGAGCCAUCAACCCCUUGCUAGCUGCUCGAAAGGAUGACAGACAUGAGAGUCGACGAGACUCCCGGAACACCUUCACCCUCAAGAAGCCCUGCUCCUCUGAGAACAACAAGGACAUUGUUGAGGUGGUACACACCGAAUACGUCUACAGCCGCCCGCCACCCUGGUCGGAUGUCCUCCCCACCCUCCACGUCGUCACCCCAACCUACAGCCGGCCGGUCCAGAAGGCAGAGCUGACACGUCUGGCCAACACCUUCCUCCACGUGCCUAACCUGCACUGGAUCCUGGUGGAGGACUCUCCGAGACGAACCCCGCUGGUCACCAGGCUUCUCCGGGAAACAAGCCUGAACUACACUCACCUCAACGUGGAGACACCCAGGAACUAUAAGCUGCGUGGGGACACGAGGGACCCCAGGAUACCCCGGGGAACCAUGCAGAGGAACCUGGCCCUGCGCUGGCUCCGAGAGACGUUCAGCUCCAAUAAUAUACACAGCCAGCCAGGUAUCGUCUACUUUGCAGAUGAUGACAACACCUACAGUCUGGAGCUGUUUGAGGAGAUGCGUUCAACGAGGAAGGUGUCGGUGUGGCCUGUAGCCUUUGUGGGCGGCCUGCGCUACGAGUCCCCUAAGGUCAACACCCUGGGCAAGGUGUAUGGAUGGAAGACUGUGUUUGACCCCCACCGACCCUUUGCCAUAGACAUGGCUGGGUUUGCGGUGAACCUCCGCCUCAUUCUCUUUAAACCUCAGGCCUACUUCAAGCUGUGGGGAGUCAAGGGAGGAUACCAGGAGAGCAGCUUACUGCGGGAGCUGGUCACCCUCAAUGACCUGGAGCCCAAGGCUGCUAAUUGCACUAAGGUACUUGUAUGGCACACUAGAACAGAGAAGCCUGUUCUGGUGAAUGAGGGAAAGAAAGGAUUUACCGACUCCAACGUGGAGAUAUGAAACUUCUUCCAACACAGGUAAUAAGAAAGCUUUACAUUGACUGGGAUUAUGUACCUUUCCCAAAUUUCCCAAGUUUUUCAAACGGAAUUUUGCAACCUUAUGUCUGAGGGCCAACCUGUCUAUCUGAGCCUCUGUGAGCUUAUUAUUAUUACAUUAAAACAUUUAAUAUUAUUUUAUUAUUCAUAGAGUAAAGCUUUGCCGAAUCUGUCUGAAUUUGUAUAACAGGGAUGUUAUGAUUUCAUAAAAUAAAAACUUGACAAGUGAUCCAUACUAAAAAGCUAUUUUUAUGGUUUAAUGUCUAUGAACCCCUCUUCAAAACCAGUUGCCUAAAUAAUUCUCUCAAUGUUUGGUAUUAAUGAGAAUGUAACUCUGAAAUUAUUUCUUAAUUAUGUAUUUUCUUUAUCUCCUAAGCCCAUAUACUUUACACCAUUGAGUUAUUAAUAAAUAUGACUGUCAUUCCAAACGGACUGACAAAAGACAAGGCAGGCAGGAUUGGAGUUUAACAUGUAUUUACAGUAAUAGUACUGUAAAGGGAGUCAGACAGCCACCUUGUCUACUACAAGCAGCACAAAGCCACGUAUCAAUACAGGCGUAGAAUAUCAAAGCAUAGCUUCAAAGAUGGUGAUACUGUAUCGAGCUAAGCGUUUUAUUGAUGCAUCGAUGGAAGCUGUACACGAGGAGCUAGCCAGUCGCCAGAGUGCAGCUUAAGACAAAAGUCUGUCGGUGGUUCAGACUACUGUCGGUGGUUCCUUACAGUAGCCAAUAAGAAGCAUUGUCAACCCAGCCGACACAAACCAACUGUCCAAUCAACAUCCUUAAAACUAGGUACUGGACCAAACCGGACCAAUCAGGGGACCUGAAUGGCCCUUGUUUGCUGGUGAUUGGGCUCCCUUUGUCGUAGAGCGGACUGUUCUUGGGGUGUGGAGCAGACCUGGAUAAAGGGGUCCUUGUCUGACUCGAGUCAGCAUUGACUGAAAGAAUGAUCUGGAGAGGACAUGAACUCUUCCCACGUUCCACUGUAAAACACUGAACAGACACAGACAGCUACACUCCCUCAAAUCACUAAUUAUGACACGUCUCAUACACAGAUAGGCGUGCACAGUGUACAGACAUACAAAUGCGUGUGCACAGACACACACAUACAUACAUGCGGGUGCGCAUGCGUGACGCACAUGCACACAUACUUUUGGUUGUUUGUUUUUUGUCCAUUUGCACAUGUUUUACUGAUCACAUAACACUACUGAUUGUAUCAGCACUUUAAGAUCAGGCUCUGCUGCCUAUGUUCAUUUUGGUGUGAAAUGCUGUUUCACCUCCAACAGAAAAUAGGUGAGGACGUUUGCCAGUGAAAUCGUUUUAUUUAAAAAAUAAAAAAUAAAUGUUAUUAUGCUAGUCAAUGCAAUAUUAUUAUUUCACAACACAUACAGUGCCUUGCGAAAGUAUUCGGCCUCCUUGAACUUUGCGACCUUUUGCCACAUUUCAGGCUUCAAACAUAAAGAUAUAAAACUGUAUUUUUUUGUAAAGAAUCAACAACAAGUGGGACAAAAUCAUGAAGUGGUUUUGUCCAUCCCCACUGUCAAACAUGGUGGUGGCAGCAUCAUAGUUUGGGCCUGCUUUUCUUCAGCAGGGACAGGGAAGAUGGUUAAAAUUGAUGGGAAGAUGGGUGGAGCCAAAUACAGGACCAUUCUGGAAGAAAACAUGAUGGAGUCUGCAAAAGACCUGAGACUGGGAUGGAGAUUUGUCUUCCAACAAGACAAUGAUCCAAAACAUAAAGCAAAAUCUACAAUGGAAUGGUUCAAAAAUAAACAUAUCCAGGUGUUAGAAUGGCCAAGUCAAAGUCCAGACC